UAUGUGAGUUCUUUUAGAACAGUAACAACAGUAUAUCCCAUGACCCACCCCAAUAUAAUCUAUAACACCCUACCAUAGUGCUGAGGACUUAUGUGUUUCAAAAAUGUCUUUCGGUACCGUACGUUGAUUGAAUGAUUGAGUAAAUAAAUCUUGAAGAAGUGACUGGAAGAAAUUGUACCACUUAGGAAUGAAGGGGGAGACUAGUACGGAUUUUAAGUAGUGAAAAUGCAUUUUUGUAAAGAUGGCGGGAAAGGGUUGAAAUUAUACGUGGUACCUUUAAUUAUACGUGGGGCUGUGGUUGCAGCACAGCAACAAAGGAUUAUGGGAUCAGCUGACAAUUUGACAGGUUUUGAUUGGGUGGAGGCCACUACUUUCUGGUAUCUGAUUGGUUCUACUGGUAUCAAGAAGCGGACUGUGUCGUCAAACACUUGGCAUUCCAUUUUUGCCGGAGCUAUGAGGUAACUUGUGCAUCGGCCUGCAGAGUCAAACCCCACCUCUUCCUCUGCUUAAGCUGAGCCUUAAGAUGAAAAAGAGUGAGUUUGGGAGCUAUGGCAAGAUCUCUGCUUCAGAUGAGGCUAGUGGGAGGAGCAAUAACCAGCUGCCUAAGGGAGGCACAAGUACUGUGACCAAGAUCGCAAGACCAAGGUCCCGAAUCCAGAUCAUUACACCUUGUUGUAUAAGCCAGCUGCUCACCUCCACUCUGGUUGACAACGUGUUCAAAAUUAGGGGUUUUGAGGUUUCCCAGAUCUCCAUUGUGAGGAUAAUCCGGCAAGCAGAGAGGGCUCCAAACUAUAUUCUUUACAAAAUUGAUGACAUGACCUCUAAGCCAAUUGAGGCCUGCCAGAGGCUUGGCAGAGAUAAAGCCAAGCAGGGGAUGACUCCACUGCCAGUCGGAGUCUAUGCCAAAGUGUUCGGUGUUCUCACAAGCUCCACAGGAGCAAAGAGUCUUGAGGUAUUGAAAAUUCGUGUCCUUGAGGACAUGAACGAAUUCACCACGCAUAUUCUGGAAGUAGUUAAUUCACACAUGAUGUUGGAUAGAGCGCACCAAGAGUCCACUGAGGAAAGUAUGCCUGUGGCCCCGUCAGAAAUGGAUAACACUGCUGGGGUUCAUGACCAGUGUCAAUUUAAAUUCUUCCUGAAGGAAGUGCUGCGAUUGAUUCAAGAGUGUCCCCUAUUGGAAGGGAAAAGUGUCCAUGAGCUGCAGACUGAGAUCUGCACGAGUGUCAAAGACAUCAAGCAAGCAAUUGAUCAUCUGACCAUUGAGGGCCAUAUUUAUUCUACUGUGGAUGAGGAGCAUUUUAAAUUUGCUGGUUAGAGCAGUGAAAACAACUUUUCAUUUUCUGAAGAUCUUUGUGAAUAAUUUUGACCUGUUGACUUUUACGAAGUAGGAUUUUUCAACAAAAAUCUCAAUUGGCAUCCUCUGACAACUUUUCUAACUGCCUUGAACUUCUCUGGUUUUCUAACUUGAAGCUCAGAGGGAGAUGGUGAUAGAUAAAUUGACUGGAGUUUGUGGGAUUUAUCAGCAAGAUAAUGAAAACAUUCGACAAAAGAUGAAUUUGGGAAAGAAAAACUACAGAAAAAAAUAGAAUUUAUUAUUGUGGGGGUGUUUCCUUUACUGAAAUCUCUGCAUAUUUAAAAAAAAAAAACCCUAGAUGUACUCAGAG